AUGGCUACCGCUUUUGGAGUCUUCUCGGGAAUCCUCACCGUUCUGGGGUUCAUCCAAUCCAACAUCCCGGACAGGCCCAACCAGUAUGAGACCAAGUUCCGCAUCCACGUCGGUCUUGAUGGUCCGAGAGGCCUCUCGAACGCCGGUGGUGAUGCGCCCGAUAUCCGUGUCUGGAAUGAGGCCGGCCAGUUCAUCGGUGCCAAGUAUGACCCUGGCAAGAUCAACCACGGCUCCUUCAAGGACGUGACGGUCCAGCUGUCCCAGCCCCAUCAGCCCACGUACGCCCUGUUCACGGGCAACGACGAUGCGAUCUGCAUCGCGUACAUCACCAACAGCUGGGCCGACGGGUCCAAGUACGGCUGGGUUGGUAACUGGGCGGACAGCUCGUCCUGCAACCAGGACUGGUAUUAUUCCAACAUCGUCCAGAGCGGCAAGACCCUCAACUGCGCCUGGAUCGAUCGCAAUGGCGACAGGCCCAAGACAGCCUUCCAGACUCAUAUUCAUGAGUUUGCUGAUGAAUCUCGGAACAGAGGCAAGAACGUCGGCUACUACUGCGCCAGCAACCCCUCUCUCAAGUGGUACACCAACUGGGAGCCCAACACCAUCUCUUACUGGGUCACCCCCCGCAAGAGAGGCCUCGCCGGUCGCAGCAGCGAGCCCCAGCAGGGCAUCGCCGUUGGUCCCGUGAAGCCCGGAAGCGAGGAGCGUGAGAAGCUCGCCGGCUCCCGCCCUGCCUUCAACGAGACCCGUCUUGUCCGCUCUUCCCGCCCUGAGCACAGCGCCGUCACCCUCUGCGGAAGCGACAGCUCCAGGGGGCCCGAUCUCGUCUCUCUGCACGAGGGUAAGUUCUGCGACAUGUCUACCCGUGAGGUUCUUCCUCUUUGCGGCCCAAGUGUCACCGGUGAUUGCUUCGACGACACCGUCAAGACGCUCAAGGUUCGCAGCGGUGCCAUUGUUGGCCGUGAGGUCGAGGUUGAGAAGGACUACACCGAGGUUUUGGACUGGGGCUUUUAG